GAUAUAAAUUUAAAGCAAGUCAAACUAUUACACCUCUUCAUCCUGCUGAACAACUCGAGGAAAAGGAUGAAAUUAUUGCCAAUGUAUUAUGGAAAAUGUUGGAGAUCAGAGAUUUUGUAACUUCGCUCAAACAUGUCCCAACACCCUGGGGAAAAGCCUUGGCAUCCGGCUUAAACAGAGACACGGAUACACCUACUGGGACACAUGUUCAAGAAGCUUUGCUAACAGCUUUGGAGCUAAUUCGGUUUGAAGUUUUAACAAAUAGGGAAUUCAGCAAAACUUACUCACGACCUCUGGGUGAUGAAACACAGAAGAAGCAUAUCAUCUUGUUAAGCCGUGCAUUCAGUUUAUUACCAAUGCAAUUAAAGAGUCAACCUUGGUCUGGUGCACUGAAUCGUGAUUUAUUAGCUUUCAACAGCUUUGUAAAAGCACUUGCACGUAGCUAUCGAAAUUUAUGUGAAAUGUUGACUCUAUCAUUCUUUUUAAAUGGACUGGUUAUGAAGGACAGAAAGGAUUAUUUUCAAAUUUCCGAAAGUCUCCCUUUUAUGUCAGACCACAAUGUAGCGUUAGGUCUAGUUUGCAAAUAUUAUUUAGAACAGUUUGUCGAAGGGAAAUCUCUUUCCGAAGCUUUGAAGGCUACAGAAAACGCUUUUCCUACUUGUCAGAAUGUGAAGGAUGACCUGAAACAAGGUUUCAAAUUUUGGCAACUUCUGAUUAAGGCCGUCAAUAUAUUAGUUAUAGAAGAGUCUAUUGAUAUUGCUAUAGGUGAUAUGUUCAAAAAUGCAGACAAAUGGCUAGAGCAAAAUAGUAUCAAUAAGCUUUAGGCUAUGCGAUAUAACCUGAUCGCAAAAGUUUAAUGAAAUAAAGCACUUAAAAAAUCCCCUGAAAUUUAAAGUGCGGGUGGUCCUUGUAACUCAGGAGUAAAUGUGCGGAAUGACAGGGCCAAAUAAAUUAUCGAGGGCUUU